UCAGAUAGUCGGUCACCACACCAUCAUGUUUCUUACCAAAGCCAAGUUAUAGCGUAAGGGUACCAGAUUCCUUGGUUCAACUCUGUAUCGCUGCAAGACGCCACGAGGGCCGGGUUGUUAUUUGUUAAGGAAAAUAUCCUAUAAAUACAGAUUACAAUCAAGAUGGAGGAAUCAACUGAAAAUUCAUGGAAGGAGUUUGCGACACUCCUGGAGAGAUGGGGAAAGGAGCGUGGCUCCACAGCGUCAUCACUGGCAAUCCUUACAAGGAUGUGCGAGAUUGUGGAGAAGGAGACUGACAACUACAUCAAGUUAGACCAGGACCCAUUUGACGAUCGGCACCCGGCCCGGGUCGACCCAGACUGUGACCUGGGCCAUCUCCUGACGGUGCUGUUCAACAAAGACGACUUCAUGAAUCAGCUCGUAACUGACCACAUCAUGUUGUCAAGGGACUUUAGCACCAACACCGUGGCUUGCCGACUUCUGCUAGACAUUCUCCCCGGUCUGGAGACUUCCAUCAUAUUUGAAGAUACGGACGGACUGGUGGACAAGUUCUUGCAGUGGGCGAGGGAUGGGGAAGAACCCUUACGGUCCUAUGCCACUGGCCUACUAGCCACAGCCAUUGAGAUUCAGGAAGUAGCUGCUAACCUGAGAGAGGAGAAUGCAUCACUGGUCAGUGUCAUGAUGAACAGGCUCCAUGAGCUCAGGAAGCAGACUUUGGAAGACGAUGCCUCCUCUGGUUGCUCGUCGAGUUCCAAAGACGACCGGCCGUUCCGUCGCUUUGGCAGGAGCAAAGAGAACAGCCCAGAACCCCACAACCAAGAAGCCCCUCCUGAUAAGCGUCUUAAACUGGAUGACAAUGCCAAAGCCAGUCCUGAAGGGGACGAAAUAGAUUGUGGCGUUGGUUUUCCCGUAACUGGGAAUGGUAUGGCGGAGUCUACAAAUGGCUUGGUUUCAGAUACAGACAGUCAUCUGGCACUAACUGGUUGUGCCAAAGAUGACACCCAUGACCCCAAAUUAGAGGCCGAGACAGGUGCCAAGCCCUUGUCGACGUCAGUGAUUGCCACAGACUCCCCGAUCUCGGGGAACUCCACCAGUGCCAGAAUCCGCCGUCGCAGCGGCAAAGGCGUUGAGAACAAUCCGUCGACCAAGGACGGCAAGCGCAAUGCCGCCAAGACCAAGAAGUCGGCUGCCGACAAGGACUUGAAGAGAAGUAGGAAAAGCAAGGCGGCAUCUCAGGCGAUCAAGUGGCUGAGCUUCCCUGAAGAGAGUAACAGCAGCUGGUCGGAGAUCUCUUACUACAUUAUCGGUACCCAUCAGAUGUACCCCCUGACGCCUGUCAUGCAACAACGCUUCAUCCUACAGUAUCUGACACCUCUGGCAGAGUACCAGGAGGUUAGAUCGUUGCUGGGCACCAUGUUUGAGAAUGGAGCCAUGGACAUCGUGAUGCAUUACAUUGACCUGCAGAAAUCGGGUGACACCAGGUUGACAUUUGAUGGACUGAAGUACUUGUCCUCGCUCAUCUGCCACAAGAAGUUUGCGGUGGAGUUUGUGGAGGGGAGCGGAGUGCAGCAUCUCUUGCGAGUGCACCGCCCAUCUAUUGCUGCCACGGGCGUAUCUAUGUGUCUCUACUACCUGGCCUACAAUGCCGACACCAUGGAGCGGAUUUGCCAACUCCCCAGCCACGUCACCUCUGAUCUCAUCGGCUAUGCCUUAUGGCUGCUUGAAUGCUCCCAUGAGUCGGGACGCAGCCACGCUACCAUGUUCUUCACCAUGGCCUUCAGCUUCUGGACUGUCUUGGAGCACUUUGACCAGCAGGACGGGAUCCGCAAACUCUUCAACACAAUGAGUACCCUGAGCAUCCUAAACCUAGAGGACCAGGUCCAGCCCUUGAAGGACGAUGACGUCUUUGCCAGCCGGCAGACGGUUAAGCACACUUGCCUGACCCUCAAGAAGUACUUUGAGACCCACCUGUCGGUCAGGGUUGACAGCAUCAAAAGGGCGUACUCCAAGAACCAAGGCAUGAUGCCUUUGGAUUUUACACCCCCAUUCAAGGCCAUCACAGUGACUGAGGAGAGCACCAGUGAACACAUGGAGACCAUGCUGGAGGAGGCACCGCCCAACAUGCACUGGAAGCCGGUGAAGGUCUUCCUCAAGAUGGAUGGAGUCAAGCUCCUUCUUCAGAUUAUUGCAAUGGCUAAUGAUUGGAAAAGCUACAGUGGAAGGGCGGAUGCCAUUCGGGCAGCUCUUGAUGUUAUUGCCGUCAUCACCGUGACGACUAAAGGCCAGUUGCAACUGUGCGAGCAGGUGGAGCUACCCGACAGCGUGUCUUCUGUUGGAAUGGAUAUCAUCAACGGCAUGGCUGAGGGUGAGAUAUUGCAGGAUGCGGCAGUCCAGAAGGCAGCACUGCAGGUCAUCAUAAACUGUGUCUGUGGACCUUGCUCCAAGCUUGGCUCCACAGUGAGUCGUUUUGCUGAAGCCAGCACCAGGAGGAACCGAGGCGCUCUGCGAACUACCAGUGACGUCACAGAGAAGAUGUUGGACUGUGUCCGAAGUAACAACGGCAUCAGGACCUUGCUGAGCCUGCUGACCAUCAAGACUCCCAUCACUGAGGCCGACUGCAUCCGGGCGCUGAGCUGCAAGGCCCUGUGUGGCCUCUCCAAGAGCGAGGUGGUCCGACAGAUCCUCAGUAAACUUCCGCUCUUCUCCAGUGGCCAACUUCAAGUGCUUAUGAAAGAGCCAGUUCUGCAAGACAAGCAGUCGGAACAUUUGAAGUUCUGUAGAUUUGCGUCUGAGCUCAUCGAGAGAGUAACCGGUAAGCCCAUGUCUCUGAGCAGUGACGCUACCCUCUCUAAACUCCACAAGGCCAACAUCGUAGCCCAGACCAAGAUCACUUACUCCCAGAAGGAGCUGCUGCAGCUGAUCCACAGUCAUCUUGUCUCUCAAGGUCUGAAUGACACGGCGUGUGCUCUACAACGAGAGGCCAGCUUACCAAAGAGCACCUCAGCAAGUGGCCUGACCCCUGGUCUUUCUUAUGCCUCCAGUACCUUAUUGGCCCCUGCUUCUGGAAUGCCGAGGUCAUUCCACACCCCAAGGGUUCCCCCUCCAAUCCCUCACAUCUCCCAACAGCCUGCCCUCCCAUCCCAACCGAAUGUGCCACCUCCACCACCACCAGCCCAGCCAUUGACUCAGACCUUCCCCCCUCUCAGCGUGUCUGUACCUCAGGAGCCCUCUCAGGCCUCUCUCCAUCCAGGGUUAGGGGACCCGAGCCCCAGCACCCACUCGGCCCCAACCACGCCUCAGCAGAUCGGCAGGAUUUCCUUCGGCCCAGACAGAAAUGCCACCACACCUGGUGGCAUCAGCAGGGUCAGGAAAAGGAUUAUAAGGGAAAAGGUAUCCCAGAAUGCCUUGUACUCUUUGGGUGGGGUCGGAGGUCAAUCCAGGCGCCGUCCGGGAUCCAACCCUCCUUCCCUUGAUGUCAUAGUGUCACAAUACCUCAGGGAGCAGCAUGCACACUGUCGGAACCCAGUAGUUGCCUGUCCCUCAUUCUCACUGCUAGAACCUCACCAGUGCCCAGAGCCAAGGUUCCGACAGAAUGCUCCAAUAAAUGCUACCUCAAGAAUAUUCAGAAGGGCUAUCCGGCCAAUGCAUGGUGGUGUGGAUGGAGCCAGGUGCACAAGGCAUUUUAUAUACAGCAGAUUUCGGCCAGUGCAGAUGAUCCGCGAUGACCCAGACGAAGUUGGCUGUUUCACGUGCUGCAGGUUUAGUAGACACACAAAUCCUACAGAAAUGUUUCUGUGGCUUGGCAACUAUGAAGGAGAGCUGAAGGCGUACAAUAUCUACUCUGGAGCUGAGGAAGCAUCCUACAGCUGUCACGACUCUCCAAUCACCCACGUUGAGCCAUCAAGGGAUGGGAAACUCAUUCUGACUUCGAGCACGUGGAGCAAUCCUAUGUCUGCACUGUGGAGCAUCGGUGACACCUUCGACAAAAAGCACACCUUCCAGCAUGACCAGCAUGUGGAAUUCAGCAAACUUUCUCAGGACAGAAUCGUCGGCACGAAAGAGGAAAAAGCAUACAUCUACGACACAGCGACAGGCCAGCAAAUCCUGAAGCUGGAGGACACCGACCUCAGCAACGGUUACACCAAGAACUGUGCGACCUUUGACCCCACAGAUGAACUGGUCUUAAACGACGGCGUACUGUGGGACGUGCGGUCGGCCAAGCCUAUCUACAAGUUUGAUCAAUUCCAGAACAACAUCAGUGGCAUGUUCCACCCCUCCGGCCUGGAGAUCAUCAUCAACUCAGAAAUUUGGGAUGUGAGAACGUUUCAUCUGUUACACACCGUGCCUGCUCUGGACCAAUGCAACAUUGUCUUCAAUACAGCGGGAACUGUCAUCUACGGAACUGUCUUCCAGUCUGAUCCCGAAGAUGACCCUCGUGAAGAGAGGUUAAAGAGUCCCUUUGGAUCGUCAUUUAGGACGUUUGACGCCACCGACUAUAAGCCAAUUGCUACAGUUGAUGUGAAGAGGAAUAUCUUUGAUCUGGCCACGGACCCCACGGACUGUUACUUGGCUGUUCUCGAGACCCAAGGCAGUGUGGAGACACUGAAUGUGGAGAGUGUAUGUCGGAUGUACGAGGUUGGAAGACCGCGCAAAGCAGACGGGGAAGAGGACGAGGAUGAGGGUGACGAUGAUGAUGAAGAUGAAGAUGGUUCAGAUGACGAUGACGACGACGAAUUUGACAUUGAGGAUGUCCUGGGUGGGAGUAGCGACCGGGAGGAAGGAGGCGGGGAAGGAGGGGAGGAAGAUGGAGCUGAGGCAGAUGGCGAUGACGACGAUAAUGACGAUGACGUUAAUAGUAGCCAAGGCUCGGCGGCCAGCGAUAUCAUCUCGCUCAGUUCCGAUUCAGAUUCAGAUGAUGACCUUGACGACAGUGAAUUUGAAGAUGUACUCUUCAGUCUCAACAGGCACUGGUGAUGGACCAUCAAAUUAUCUUACAAAGAAUAAUAUAUUUUUUUGUGAAUAACUAUAUUUGCUGUAUCAUGGACUAGUAUUGUUUAUUUAUACCUUUUUCCAUUACUGCCUACACAAUCUUGGUUAGUAGUAUGGGAGCCAGGCUAUCUCCAACUUCAGUCAGUGAUAUCCUGGAUGCCAUACCGUUGAGAUACCAUGACAGUGAGUAGCUAGGUAGCCCUUGUUUUUCCCAGCUAUGUCCAUCAUGUGAAAGUCAGGGUGCUAUGUUCCAUCACAUCAAAGUCAGGAUGCUCUUGAUAUAGCCCGAAUAUUUAGAUCAUUUUGGCAAUGUUUGGUGGAUCAUCCAUCAAUUGUCAUAUCCAUCAGAUUUGGGGAAGAUUGUCAAGAUUGAGGUAGAGCCAUUGUUACUUCAUGUGGGCCUCAGCGACACUUGCAAGCUUUGAGAAUAGUGAGUCACUGUGUUACACUUUUGUCAUGCUUCAAAAGGGCCCUGUCUUGCCUGCAGAAAGUGUUGUCUUUUUUCAAAUUGAGUAUCACCAUACCUCAUUAUUUAAUACCAUACCUCAUGUGCAUUUAGGAUCAACAUUUGUAUCAUCACCAGUCUAUACGUUGCCAGUCCCUGUUGUUGCUAUUUACCUGGUGAGUACGUGAGGAUCCACACACAAGUGAAAUACGCAACCGUAGUUUAAGAACUGUUGCCUGGCUGACCAAGGCAGCAGUGCACUGUGGGUGCGUCUUUAUGAAUCAACUGUGUUAAUGUAGCCCAGGUUGUACGCACUUGUGAACAUUGCCCCCAGCUUGACGUGAAACGAUGGCACUUGAUGGACAAUAUGCGGAAAUUAUAGUACAGCAAAUAUAACAUGGUUUAUUUAGGGUAGGUAGUUGUCCUGACUCCCCUGGGUAGUGUAUUGGAGUUGCCUGGGAAGUUAUAUCAAUUAUUCACCCUUCAAACUUUGUUGUGUACUAGUUCUAAUCCGGUCUUGUCACAAGCUUUUGAACUGAAAGAUCUAAGCUACGACAAAGGCAUACCUCUACCCGUUUCUCGUACCCGAUUCAUAAGAAGGGGUUCCUUUUUAAAACUGAUUUUCCACCCAAAUUUCUCUCAGCUUUCCUUUUUGUGGUAUCUCACAUUCAAUUAGAUUUGUAAUUUCUUUUUGUGGCUUGUUUCAAAAUGUUCCUGAUUAUCUUUUCCAUUCCAUUUUGUUUUGUAAUCACUUUAAGACAUGGACAGAACAUGAUUUUCUCAUAGGCUUUCAUUCAUGGGCCACUAUAUAAUCAAUUUAAUCAUUUUGUUAAUGGCCUAAAGGCACUUAUGAGAAGUGACUUUAUCAUGAUGUAUGCAUUGUAAAUUUUCAGAUUUCCAAAAAAGAGGGAAUAAAUCCAAUAAAAAUUUGCAGAAAAAAUACUUGGUGCCCAUGUUUGUGUUCUUGAUUUAAAACAUACACUGAAUUGCUUCACGAAAAAUUCUUUAAUAAAUAUUCAGGCUGAGCUCAUUUUAUCAGAAAGCACACUCUGGGUAAAAUAGGAGAAAAAAAUUAUAUAAAUGUAUUACAGAGUAACAAUUUAUUUCUUGUGUUAAAUUGAUGAAAUUUAUGUUUCAGUUUCAAAUUCACUGAAUUCCAAAUUGUCCAAAAGCACCCUUCAACCCCCCCAAAAAAAUCCUUGGCAAUCAGUGGAUUGAUCUUAGUUGGAAAGUACAGACCAGAAAGCAGGCAAUUUUCGGGCAGCUUCUGUACUUUCCUGUGUACCUUCAAUCAGAAAAAGCAGCAAAUUUGUCAA